GGCGAAUGUAUUGAAUUUGCCUUACUUUGAACCUAUAAUUUCUUGAUAUUGUUUAGUUCUUUGUUUAAAAGAGAAUUUGUUAUUUGCUUCGCAAAUUGUGCCGUCCUUUUUUAAAAUAUUAAGGAGCAAAAUUUUGUGCAAACAAUUUGUUCAAAUUGCUUUGGAAAGAAAAAAUUGUGGUUUCUAUUCGAACUUGGUGUCAAGCGAAACUGGUUAUAGUUUUCACCAGCACAGAUUUCGAAAUUUCCCAGGCCAUUGGGAUAUAUAAUCACGGCCAGUGUCAUUGCUAACGUUACUGCCAUAUUUGUAGUUGACUAAUUGAAUUUCAUUGCCGCCCACUUCCAAAACGAGAAAAUGGAUGAUAAGCAUCGUAAAGUAAUAAAAGAAAACAUUAGCAAACUUGUCCAGCACACUAACUUUAAGGACUUGCUUAAAACCUGUCAGGAAGAACGUUUACUUUCACAACAAAUGGUUGAAAAUCUGUAUCUAGAUUCAAAGAACCUAUACGAAUUUGGAAGAAGUCCUACAUUGGAAGAAAUUCAGCACCAAAAACUUUUUGAAAAAAUCAUUCAUAGAGGUCCUGAGGCAUUUCAAAAAUUAAUCAAAAUAUUGCGAUAUUUGGACAACGUCGAAGCACUACAAAUUUUAGAAAGAGAAAAAGAAUUUUAUUGUAUAAGAGAAAAAAAUGUUCGCUGUUUUUCUGAAAGGAGUCGUAGCCCUACCGAAAAUUCAAUUGAACAAAUACCAAUAUCAGUUCCAGUACAAACACCAGACAUUCCUAAUAGCCUCCGAUCAAAAGUUGAUGAAAACGCAAGGCCUAUACUUGAGGAGUACUCUGGGCCAGUAUCUCCAAAGCAAAAAUAUGAAGUAAAAAAAGCUGACCGUAUUCAUACAAACGAGCUCACUGGUACAUAUAAAAUGCAAUCGAAAGAAAACCGAGGAGUCUUAUUUAUAGCAAAUUUUAUAAAUACUCAGACUGGCUACCGCAACGGAGCUAUAAAUGAUAGUUAUGCGCUUAUCUACGUAUUCAAACAAUUAGGUUUCAAAAUAUUUGUUACAACAGAUAGUUCUCAAAAAGAGUUCUUUGACUUGCUGGAGCAGUUAUUAAAAUCUGACUAUACACGUAAAACAGAAUGUUUUAUAUUGGCAUUGAUGAGUCAUGGAGAGCUGAAUAGCAAAGACAAGGAAUGUAUUGAAUUCAGCGAUGGAUCAGUCAUCAAAGUGGAAGAGAUACGUGACCGCUUCUCUAACGAGAGAUGCCCCAAUUUAGUGAAAAAACCAAAGGUUCUUAUAUUUCCCUUCUGCCGGGGAUAUACAUCAGACAGCGGUGUACAAGGAAAACUUGAGACUGACUCAAUUUUGAGUAAAGACAAUCUUAUCGCGACGAUGUCUGAUAUACUUAUUUGUUAUGCAACGAACCCAGGUUCCAAAUCACAUAGAGAUCCAGAUACAGGCUCCUGGUAUAUUCAAGAGCUUUGCAAGAUUAUAGCCCAGCAUGCUCAUGAUACUCACUUCGAAGAUAUAAUACAAAUAGUGCAAGCACAAGUAGGUUCAUAUCGUGCGGAAACGAGGAAAAUGCAGAUGGGCAAUUCCCACAACAUUGGUUUUAACCACAAGUUAUUUUUUAAUCCCGGUUACCCAAUCGAUUAGAUACAAAUAUUUUAUAUACAAUUAGAAAGUAUUAAAUGUCCUUAUUAUCGUAUACAAAGGUAUUAUUAUAUGCUUAUUUGUAGCUUUAUAACAACGAUAAUAAAAUGUGAUUAUUGAAUUUUCAGAGCUA